AUGACAGAUAGCACAGAAGUCGAAGUGACUUAUGUUUCCCAGCGUAAUAAAAGGAGAAGAGAGGAAGCAGAUGAAAAUUCGGAUAUGUUGACUUUCAAAAAUGAAAUACUGAGCAUUUUUAUAGAUUUAAAGGUUACUAUGAAGGAAAUAAAAGAACAGAAUAUUAAACUGCAAGAAUCGGUGUACUUUACAUUAAAGAAAUACGAUGAAAUUAUAGACAAGAUGCAAAAGAUGGAAGAAAACAUAAAAGAAGAUAAAAGUUAUAUUUGCUUAUUAGAAGCUAAAAUAGAUCAGCAAGAACGCCAAACCCGCAACAAUAGCCAGGAAAUUCCAAAUAUACCAAAAAUAAUUCAGAAACCAAAAAAGACUUGUCUAAAUCUAAUUCUUAAAUCUUGUUGUUGUAAAUCUAAUUCUUAA